ACGGCAAAUCAUCUGACUGGGCGUUCGUUAAAGCAGGUGUACCACAAGGAUCUAUACUAUCUGAUGACAGGGCGAGUGGCAUGGCAUAUACUCUGUACCAUCUUCACACAUCAUAGCUACAACAUGACAUUGAUACAGGGUCUAUCGAGUGUGAGUGUUGAGGACAAAGACAACAUGACAUUGAAACAGGGUCUAUCGAGUCUUAUUGUUGAGGACAAAGACAACAGGACAUUGAUACAGGGUCUAUCGAGUUUUAUCGUUGAGGACAAAGACAACAUGGCAUUGAUACAGGGUCUAUCGAGUCUUCUUGUUGAGGACAAAGACAACAUGGCAUUGAUACCGGGUCUAUCGAUUCUUAUUGUUGAGGACACAGACAACAUGGCAUUGAUACCGGGUCUAUCGAUUCUUAUUGUUGAGGACACAGACAACAGGGCAUUGAUACAGGGUCUAUCGAGUCUUAUCGUUGAGGACAAAGACAACAUGGCAUUGAUACAGGGUCUAUCGAGUCUUAUCGUUGAGGACAAAGACAACAUGGCAUUGAUACAUGGUCUAUCGAGUUUAAUGUUUAGGACAAAGACAACAUGGCAUUGA